UUUUUUUUUUGUUUUUGUUUUUUUCUCCUCUCCUUUACCUCCCCGUCCUCUCAUUAAUAACUCCCCCAUUACUCUCAUUUUAUGCUUCCGUUCUCUUAUUUUAAAAAAGCCAAAGCUACAAUAAAACAGACUGCGACUAUACCGUCAAAAAAUAAUGGUAGUUGUCAAAGCAAUGGGUCUUCCAAAUCUGAAGUUGAACAACAACAACAUGACGAUGAACUUAGUGAGCCGAAAUUCCCUAUGAUUGGUUAUGAAUAUAUCGAAGGACGACAUUACAAACAACAAUCGAAGAAUGGUCCAGCACAUUUAUUACCUUGUGAUGACGAAGAAGUUGAAAGACUCGAAGUGAUCCAUUUAUUGCACAAAUACCUAUUUGGAAGUUAUUUUAUAUCACCUGUAGAACAACAACUAAAACAAGGGGCCCGAGUCUUGCACAUUUGUUGUGGUCCAGGAUGGUGGAUAAAGGAAAUGGCCAAAUUAUAUCCAAAUUCUCAAUAUAUUGGUAUUGAUGAUAUAUUAUACGCCAUCACCAAUCCUCCAUGCAAUUCCCAUUUUCAGGUGACGGAUUUUACUAAGGGUCUGCCUUUUGAAGAUAAUACCUUUGACUUUGUUGUACAACGGGAAGCAAGAUUCAAGCAUACCAAAGAUAAUUGGGAAAAGGUGAUACAAGAAGCCAUUCGAGUUACAAAACCUGGAGGUUAUUUAGAAUUCGUGGAAUCCGGAUCUGAAAUUAACGAUAUUGGUCCAAAUCUAUCCUUAUGGCUCAUGCGAGUCACAGUAUCAUUACAAACUAGAGGUAUGGCCAAUAAAAUUGGUUUGGAAUUGGAAGAUCGUUUUGCGAAGACGAAUGCAGUGACCAUUUAUGAAUCAACACAUCGAUCAGCACCUAUAGGAUGGCUUGGACGAGUAGGCGACCUAAUGAUGGAUUGUGUGCAAAGGUUUUCUGACGCAUUGAAACCUCGACUUUGUGAAGAUUGGUGUAUGCCUGUUGCGAAAUAUGAUGCUGCAUUUAAGGCCGUUCUCCCCGAAUGUCAAGAAUUUAAAAGUUGGACCAAUUUUUAUUGUGUAGUGGCGCAGAAGAAUCACCCUGAUGGUCCUAUUCCCUCUGAUAUUAUUCCCUCUCAAGAAUGAUCAUCUUUCAAUUGACCUCCUCUUUAUAUAGAAUCUCUCUUUAUUAUCAUCAUAUAUGUCAACAUUUUUACAAAAUUCAAUUACCUCCUAGUACCACUCUUAUGUAUUUGUAUAAUAAAAUCUUUCAACCCAUUUGUUCUAAAAUCAA